UAUCUUUAUAUUUUGCAAUCAAUCAAAAAGGCGAGUCAUGUCAGACAGUUGGUUUGUUUUGUGUGUGAAUAUUUUGACAUUUAUAAAUGAAAUACAUGUGAAUUCUCAUUUAAUUUGUGAAUAAUAAAGCCGCUUAAUAUUGUGGUACCUUUAUUUUAAUUUAUUAGAUAGUAUUUGCCGGUUAUCUAUAGGUUUUAGCAUAUGAUGCAAACAAGAUGAAUGCUGAUUUAAAAGAUGCGUUUUCGCGCAUUAAGCCCGUGUGCGAUGUGCUCAUGGUGGGCCCGACGGAGGAGAGUAUCGAAGCCUUCUUGGAACGCAUCGCUGAAUUAAAGAAGGAAGUGAUUCAGGAGUUGCAGCAGUACUUGCUGUUCCCACUCAUCACACACAUGAAGGGUCGAGAGGGAGAGCGGAAUUAUGAAAUCCAGACAAAGGUACUAGAUUGCAUGAGGAGCGUGCUGGAAAGGGUGGCCAUCAACAGCUUCGAGAUGUCCAUGAAGAUUGAAAUAGGUCUGCUGCAAAUUGUGUUCGACCACACAAAGCCUGGAAUGAUUGCAGAAGUUCCAGAAGAGCUAAAACUGAGUGUGAUGAACUGUCUCACAGUUCUACAGCUGAAUGUUGAACUGAAGCACAGAGAGACGAUGCUGAAGACUCAAGUGCCAUUGCUGGGUAAGGCUGUCUAUGUGUGUGUGCAUAUAGCCAAGCUGGAGAAACUUAGAGCUCUCAGGUUAUCCGCCAUAAACAGCGUAAUGGCCCAUACAGCGACACAUCCAACUAUGACCACAGAGUACCGCAUCGUAGACCCGGUACGAGAGAAGCAGGUCGUAGACAUGCUCUCUCUGAUCCUACCCGGUGUGUUAGGAGCGUUACAAGACGUAGCUACCUGCAAGAACAACCCAGGACAUGUGCUAGUAGUGACAGCAAUAAACGCGAUGCAUCGCAUAUUAUGUCUGGCUAUGAACAAUAAGUUCAUGAGCCCCACUGCUGAUGUCACCGUGGAAGACUUUGCAAACAUGUACAAACAGAAAGAAAACAAAGAGAAAGAAGUAAGCAGUAAGGAUAUUGAUCCUAAAACCCUGCCGGUCCGUAGUCCGCAAUGGUUUAAGAUUGCUGGUGAGAAGUUACUCUUGAUCACCAAAAGUGUUGUCUCCUUGCGAACACAUGAACACUUUAAAGUGAGACAAGAACUCGCUAUUUACUGUUCUAGACUGCUGUUUGAAUGUAAUAUCGCACUGAUAACCUCAGUGCCCCUAGCCCUGGACUCCCUCAUCCUACUAGCGAGAGACGACUACGCGGAAGUAUCAGAGUACUGCAGCAGCGCCAUUAACACUUACUUCGAACACGCCACGGAAGACGCCAAGAUGAAGACCUUGGACUCGCUCUGUGAAAGCUUCUUCGCUACCAUUAACAGUCUGCCUAGGGUUAUGAAUAAUAUUGACACGGAGCGCAAGGCGGCGUCACUGAGCCUCGUGCAGGGCUACAUCUGGGUGCUGCGCGGCACGGGGCGGCUGGCGUCGCUGCUGGGGGCGCGCGACAGCGUGCAGGCGCUGUGCGUCGCGCUCGCGCAGUGCGUCGCGCUGCAGCCCGCGCUCUCCGCGCUCUCGCUGCACGCUGCCACAGGUAUAUACCGCUGAGCCUGCUGCAGGGCUACAUCUGGGUGCAGGCGCUGUGCGUCGCGCUCGCGCAGUGCGUCGCGCUGCAGCCCGCGCUCUCCGCGCUCUCGCUGCACGCUGCCACAGGUAUAUACGUCGCUGAGCCUGCUGCAGGGCUACAUCUGGGUGCAGGCGCUGUGCGUCGCGCUCGCGCAGUGCGUCGCGCUGCAGCCCGCGCUCUCCGCGCUCUCGCUGCACGCUGCCACAGACGUGACGUCACCGCCGCCGACGGACUCGCCGUGGUGCAAGCCGCGGCACCUGGACAGCUGGGAGUGCGAGCGGCGCAUGCACGAGGUGUUGAGACAGCUGGGCGAGUCUGACUGCUGUAUGCUGCUGCUAGAUAAGCUGUUGGAACUGUUUGAGAAUGAUCACAGCUGUGAGAUUGUAUACGUGUGUAAUUGGAUGGCUGUUGCACAAUACACAUCAGAAGAUUUCGUGAAGCGUCUCCUAAACGUGUAUAUCGAAGAGGAUGUGUGGUACUUGCCACUAGAGGUGGUUAGUACCGAGCCUGUGCUAACCGAUGACGAGACGCUCGACGUCACCGUGUACAACCCCAGGGCUUGGGAGAAGGACAGUGUGCCAGAUCUAUACGAAGGAGCAACAGAAACUCGCUACACAGACAUAAGCUACCGCGUCCCCCGUCCCACUCCCCCCGCGUGGCGCGGCCUGCACGUGUGCGCGACGCCGGCGGACGCGCACCGCAACAUGCUGCUGUCGUGUCUGCUCACUGAGGGCGUCGGCGUCAUCGCCAACAGGCUGAAGGACAAGUUCCAGCCGUUCUUGUUGAAGACGCUGUGUUUAGUGUUGGAGAGAAUUGGCAGUAAAUACGAGAUGCUGCGUUUAGCUGGGCUCAAGACUAUACACUGCAUAGCGCAGGCGGGCGGACACAGCAGUGUCGCCGACCUCAUCAAGUGUAACGCCGACUACUUCACCAACCAAGUCACAGUCAGACUCAAGAAGGCGUGGAACUGCCAGUCAGCGCUGCAGAUCCUGGCGGUGGUGAUGGAGUACAGUGACGCCUCGAUACUCAACUAUCUCUAUGGGAUCGUUCAAGAUGUUCUAGUCCAAAGUUGUGAUAAAUACUACGAGAAAGAUCUCUACGCAUACUUACAAGUAUUCCUAACGUUCGUCGAGUGUAUCCGCAAGUGGUACAACAUUACCGACGCCCCGCCAAAGACUUUCACCACAAACACACACAUAGACAUUAUGUCUGAUGUCACAGUAUUCGUAGAGAGCAAAGAGACGGCAGAGAGAUUGUUGAGUCAGCAGGAGUUUGAGAAAGAGAGCGGGAAGAGUGUAGAGGAGAUGUAUAGAGAAGAUGUGAAGAAGAAGGAAGAAGAUUUGUUGGAUUAUGAUGAUACUGUUACAGAAGAAAAACCUCCACCGCCGCAAUACGUGGCCGUAAUAGUAGCUAUUCUCAAACGCUGUCUGAACUACGUGAGCUCAACACAACGCGACAAUUGCAUCCUCGCACUUCAAGUCCUUAACCGGGGCCUGCCCGCGCUACGUCACCAGCCCGACGAGCUGCUACCCCUCGUGCACCGCACCUGGGGCCCGCUGGCGUCCCGCCUGGGGCCCGGGAGCCCGCGCCGGGGGCCCAGGGGCCCGCGACCCGGGAGCAACGGUCGCGACGGCCCUGAUGCGCCUGUCAUGAGACAUGCGUUUGAUCUGUUAGUCACUAUGGCUGAUUUGGCGAAGGAUUUUAUUAGGAGUCGGGCUAUCAAAGACGCCCUCCCCCACAUCUACAGCUUCCUCCAGAACUCAUCCCACGACAGCUACCUCAAGGACGUGGGCUCCGCUUAUCGCAGCUCUCCCGCCUUCACUCUGCAGAUCAGCGCGUUAACCGCCCUGCCCAGGCUGGCUACUGACCUCAUGCUGGAAGACGAGGGCUUAGAAGAUGUCAUGAACUGUGUACAGCCGUACUUGUCGAAGAGACAGCCUAAGGCUUUGCAGGCAGCAGCAGUAGAAUUCUUCAAAAUCAUCUUGCAGUAUGACUACGGUGCGGCAUGGUACCAUCUGCGAGGGAUGUGCGACAACGAGGAAGUACUCCAGCCCCCCGCCAACUCCGUACAUUUAGAGCCUGUUGUCGGCACACCCUACGUAGCUACCAAUAAGGAUUACCAACGUAAUAUUAAUUUAAUAUUCAAUGCUAAUAAUAUGGUAUCGUAAUAAUGUAAUAAUAAAUCACUUUUUUAAUUAUCUUAA